UUUGGUCUGCCGUGAACAUGAAUAGUUUCCUGUACGAAGUCCACUUAGCUAACGCAAGACUGCUGUCAAAAAGAUGAAUUUAAACUAGUUUAGAAAAUACGUUUACGUUCUGCAAACUUAUUAAUGGAUGCACUACGUCACAUCUUUCGUCUGGGAAAUUUGCAAAAGAGAAGCCUCUUCUUAGGGUUGAGUGUCUGCAGAUGAGACUAAAAUCAUGCAGAAUUCAGUCGAGUCCUUCAUAAACGCCUUAGAGUCAUACAGAGGUAGAGAUAAAGUGAUAAGGACCCUCUGCUAUGGGUCUCAGCUGGUGGGUGGAGUUCUAGCUGGAAAGAACUCUCAGUCUUCAUUGGGGAAGAGUCUGCUGCUGUUCUCCGCUCAGUUGAGUCAAUGCAGAACCACUCUCCGGCUCUUUGACGACCUGUCCAUGCUGGCGUACUCCACCGGCUAUGGGUUAGGAGCCUCGGAGGAGGAUGCUUUGGUGCGCUGGAUGUCAGUUCUGAAUAAUGUAGCGGAUCAAUUAUAUUACCCUUGUGAGCACAUCGCCUGGGCGGCAGAUGCAGAGCUCAUCAAAACCAAAUCUGACAAGUGGUGGGUGCUGAGCACAGGCCUCUGGGGCAUAUCACUUAUCCUCAACAUACUCAGAUCCAUUAGGUCCAUCCUGAUUCUGAAGAGAAAAGCGCAGAAGCGUCAAAGGUCAGGUUCAGCUGAGAGCAGGGAGGAAGUGUUUUCUCAGGAAGCUGCGCUCCGGAGGCAGAUCCAAGGGGAAGUGUUCAGUAUCCUGAGCAGUUUGGCAGAUCUCGGCAAUGCCAUUCAUUGGAUGCCGCCUGGAUUUCUGUGGGCUGGACGGUUUCCUCCAUGGCUGGUGGGACUGAUGGGAACGACCUCCUCACUGAUAGGCCUUCUACAGAUGAGCUCUGGUGAUCAAGGAGCAUGUUCCUAGACUAGAGCAUCAUUGGAUGGCUUUACUCUUACAAAACAGUGGCUUUGUUGAUUUCAUGUCUGUAAUAAGUAUUAUGCAAUAAUUAAUUAUGAUGUUUAAUAAUGUGCAAUUUAUACAGGCUAACUGAUAAAUAUGUAUUUAGGAAUUUGGUCAAAUUCCACACUGGUGAAUAAUUAAAAAAUAAAUUAAUAUAAUUGUAUAUAUAUUUCCUGUAGCUCAAAUAGUAGAGCAUGGGUCCGAUUCCCAAGAAAGCAAGAGCUGAUAAAAAGUGAAAAAUGUAACUUGAAUGCAAUGCAAGUCGCUUUGGGUAAAAGCGUCUGCUAAAUGCAUAAAAAAUGUAAAUAUAGAUGAAUGGAUUUGUGAAAAUGUAACAUACUGUUUCACGCGUAAUUGCAAAAUAAAGUUUUUUUUUUCUAUGA